CGGGCGGCAGCCGCGGCCGGGGCGGGAGCGGCGGCAGCGCGGGGUGGGUAGCGUCGCCCCGUGUUGCGGCAUGUCCAAGACGCUGCGAAAGAAGCGGCACUGGCUGAGCAAGGUGCAGGAGUGCGUGGUGUCCUGGGGCGGCCCAGCGGGCCCCGACCCCGAUCUGCUGCGCGGCGGCGCCGAGCGCGGCGAGUUCCCGUACCUGGCGGGCCGGCUGCCCGCGGGCGGCGAGGGCGCGCCGGGCCCCGCGCUGCUCUCGGGCAAGGCGCCGGCGCCGGGGGACGUGCUGCUGGAGGUGAACGGUACGCCGGUGAGCGGCCUCACGCACCGCGACACGCUAGCCGUGGUGCGGCACUUCAGGGAGCCCGUGCGCCUCAAGACCGUGCGCCCAGGAAAAGUCAUCAACAAGGACUUGCGCCACUACCUGAGCCUUCAGUUCCAGAAGGGCUCGAUAGACCACAAACUCCAGCAAGUGAUCAGAGACAAUCUCUAUUUGAGAACCAUCCCUUGCACUACAAGGGCUCCCAGAGAUGGAGAGGUCCCUGGGGUAGACUAUAAUUUCAUUCCUGUUGAGCAGUUUAAAGCGUUGGAAGAAAGUGGAGCCUUACUAGAAAGUGGAACAUAUGAUGGUAAUUUUUAUGGUACUCCAAAGCCUCCAGCAGAGCCCAGCCCCUUUCAGCCAGAUCCAGUGGAUCAAGUUCUUUUUGACAAUGAUUUUGAUACUGAAUCGCAGAGGAAAAGAACCACAUCUGUCAGCAAAAUGCAAAGGAUGGAAAGCUCUCUCCCUGAAGAGGAGGAAGAGGAGGAAAAGGAAGCAGUUAAUGGCAGCGGAGGGAUAGAAAACAAAGAAAAACAUUCAGAUUCUCCUGACUGGAUGAAACCUGUUCCCAGCUACAACCAGACAAGCAGCAACAUGGACUUCAGAAAUUAUUUGUCAAGGGAUGAGACUCUGGAACCACUACCCAAGAACUGGGAAAUGGCCUACACGGACACUGGCAUGAUCUACUUCAUCGAUCACAACACCAAGACAACCACAUGGCUUGAUCCCCGACUCUGUAAGAAGGCCAAAGCUCCUGAAGAUUGUGAAGAUGGAGAACUUCCAUAUGGAUGGGAGAAAAUAGAAGACCCUCAAUAUGGGACAUAUUACGUUGAUCAUAUUAACCAGAAAACUCAGUUUGAAAAUCCAGUAUUGGAAGCCAAAAGGAAAAAGCAGCUAGGACAGACUGAUGCUGGCCCUUCCAAAUCAGGGCCAGGGAGGUCUGUCUUCACUCAAGAUCCAUCCCAGCUUACUGGAGCACUUAUAAGGACAUCCCUGAAAAAAAGUACCAUGGGAUUCGGCUUCACAAUCAUUGGAGGGGACAGGCCUGAUGAGUUUCUCCAGGUGAAGAAUGUGUUAAAAGAUGGACCCGCUGCACAAGAUGGAAGAAUUGCUCCAGGCGACGUCAUUGUGGACAUUAAUGGAAGCUGUGUCCUUGGCCAUACCCAUGCAGAUGUUGUCCAGAUGUUUCAGCUCAUUCCCAUCAAUCAGUAUGUGAACAUGACUUUGUGUCGUGGGUACCCUCUUCCUGAUGACAACGAAGACCCCGUGGUGGAUAUCAUGACAGCCACACCUGUCAUUAAUGGCCUGCCGGUGGCCAAGGGAGAUGCUUCCAUGUCCAGCCAAGAUUUAGUAGCAGCCACAGUUGUGUUGGACCAGAAUGGGAAAGUGUUGGUCAACGGUCGCCUGAACGGCCCUUCUGUGGAUUCAGCAGAGCAGAGGGUCUCCUUUGCCUCCUCAGGAGGCUCUCAGCCGGAGCUGGUCACCAUCCCUCUGGUCAAAGGGCCUAAAGGCUUUGGGUUUGCCAUUGCAGACAGUCCCACAGGCCAGAAGGUGAAGAUGAUUUUGGACAGCCAGUGGUGCCAAGGCCUACAGAAAGGGGAUGUCAUCAAGGAGAUUUGCCAUCAGAAUGUGCAGAACUUGACCCACUUGCAGGUGGUGGAGGUGCUCAAGCAGUUUCCAGUAGGAGCGGAGGUGCCCCUGCUUAUCUUAAGAGGAGGUCCACCCUCCCCUACUAAAGCUGCCAAAGGAAAGGACAAGCAGGACAGUUCUGGGAGUUUGGAAGCUGUCAGUGAUACCAUUCCGCAGCCGAUGCCCUUCCCGCCCUCUGCUGUGCGACCAGGCUCUCCUAAACUGGACCCGUCUGAAGUCUACCUGAAGUCUAAGACAAUUUAUGAGGACAAACCUUCAAACACAAGAGAUUUAGAUGUUUUCCUGAGAAAACAAGAGUCAGGCUUUGGUUUCCGGGUGCUUGGUGGGGACGGACCAGAUCAGCCUAUUUAUAUCGGAGCAAUAAUCCCAUUGGGAGCAGCGGAAAAGGACGGGAGGCUGCGUGCAGCGGAUGAGCUGAUGUGCAUUGACGGAGUCCCUGUGAAAGGGAAGUCACACAAGCAAGUUCUGGAUUUAAUGACCAGUGCCGCUCGGAAUGGGCAGGUGCUGCUCACUGUCCGGAGGAAGAUCUUCUUCAGUGGGGAAAAGCAGGCAGAGGAGGAGGAGCCACAACCUGUCCUGACACAGAACAGCUCUCCUCGGCUGAGCCGUGUUGACUUUGCCAACCAACCAUGCCCGGAGGUCUACGACGUCCGUCUGCAGCGGAAGGAGAAUGAAGGAUUUGGCUUCGUCAUUCUCACCUCCAAGAACAAACCUCCUCCAGGGGUGAUUCCUCACAAGAUCGGGCGGGUUAUCGAGGGAAGCCCAGCUGACCAGUGUGGGAAGCUGAAGGUGGGUGAUAGAAUCUCAGCGGUAAACAGCCAGUCCAUUGUGGAGCUCUCCCAUGACAGCAUUGUGCAGCUCAUCAAGGAGGCAGGCAACGUGGUGACCCUCACAGUGGUGGCUGAGGAAGAGCAACGUGGUCCUCCAUCAGGAACAAACUCGGCCAGGCAGAGUCCAGCCCCACAGCACCGACCACUGGGACUGGCACCGAUCAACCCUGACAGGGGAGCUGCAGAAAGUGAAGCUGGAAAAGAAGUUUCUAAUAGUUACCAGCUGUCCUGGCCUGAGCACAAGCACAUGGCACAGUUGGAUGCUGCUUCAGGUGUUGGCAGUCGUCAUUCCCAGAAUCCUGGCUGUUUCCCAGUGGAGUUGGAAAGGGGCCCUCGAGGAUUUGGAUUCAGCCUCCGAGGAGGAAAGGAAUACAACAUGGGCUUAUUCAUCCUCCGUCUGGCUGAGGAUGGGCCAGCAGUCAAGGAUGGGAGAAUCCAUGUUGGUGACCAAAUUGUGGAAAUUAAUGGAGAACCUACCCAAGGAAUCACUCACACACGAGCCAUUGAGCUGAUUCAGGCUGGAGGAAAUAAAGUUAUGCUGCUGCUGAGACCAGGGACUGGGUUGAUACCAGAUCACAGUGAUUGGGAUAGCUACAAUCCUGCUUCAUCAAAUGUAAUAUAUGAAGAACAGUCACCAUUAUUAUCUUCAUCUUCCCAUUCUGCUUCCCCAUCUGAAGUGUGUUAUUUAGCAGUACCAGGAGAAGCUUUAACCAGAGUUCAGCUGUCUGAGGAACUGGAACAAGCAGAGAACACUGUGCCUGACAAGAUAAGCACUUUAACUGAAAACCUGUGUGAGAGGAAGCCUCAGUCUUCUCCCCAGAGAACAAAGAACAGAUGGGAAUGUCCCUCAAGUCCUGCAUUUGGAAUCACUAAAGGUAGUUCAGAAGCAGGGACCAGAAGGGGCAGAUCUGCCAGUCCAGCGAAGACAAGGGCUGCUGAAGGAUACCCUCACAUGGGAUUCCACAGCCCCAGGAAAGGGGAUCCUGAGAAGAACAAUCUCUCACAUAAAUCUGACAGUUCCAGGAGUGAGAGUAAAACCACAGGAAAAGGGAUGAAGAAUAGUGACAAACAGGAGUCUUCUCAUGGAAGUCGAGGAAGGUCAGCAAGUCCCCAAAGGCAUCUCAGCAAACCAGGAAGCACAGAAACAGUGGGAAGGAUCCAAACAUCCUGUUCUGUUGAGCAGUUGAAAGGUGGGAAUGGUAAACCAGAAGUCACCAGGAAAGAAAGAAUGAAGCAGAAGACACCAGGAAAGACAGAAGGGUGUUCUGCAGACCAACAUUACUCAGUGUUUGGUGGGAAUAGCCUUCCCUUUAGGGACUCCAAGAGAAAUGCCUCUGAGGAUGAUUUAUUAACCAAGUCCAGCUCUGGAGACACAGGUUCCAGUAGAUUCAAAACCUCCAGCCUUUCCAGUAUCCCACUGCUUUCCAUGGAGAAACAAAGAAGGGCAGAAACACAGGAAGCUCUUAUGAUGAACAGACACCAUGGAGAGAGACACAUGGAGCUGCCCAAUGAGACCAAAGAUGGAACUUCCCAACCUGAGAGGAAUUCUCCAGUAAGGAAAACACUGAUAACUCCUGGGCCGUGGAGGGUCCCCAGUGGCUGUAAGGGCUCCCCAGCAGCAGGGGUGCCUGGAAAAGGGGUGUGACUGACUGAGAGACACUGGUUUUUAGAGCAUGUUUUGAUCAAUUUUCCAGUAAGGGUAAUUUAAAACAUUGGUUUUUCUCACACAGUUGUCUUUUUUUUUUUUUUUUUUUUUUUUUUUUUUUUCUAA